GCAAAUUUCCCUUUCGUAAACGGUCGUUGCCAUUUGAAGCGGUCGAUGCCAUUUCUCAGAACAGUCGUUGCCAUUUGAAACGGUCGAUGCUAUUUCUAAAACUAGCCGAGCAGACGACAACCCUCGUGAAUAGCUCGUACGCUGUUGGCAUGCUCGGACGUCACUUCCGGGCAGUGUUGUUUAUAAGAUGGCGGAGCAAUCCACGUGCGCGAGAGUUGAGCCAGCUGAAACAGAACGAACCCAUUCUUCUUGUGCAGAAACAAAAAAAAAAUCAAUUAAGAAGCCAACGGGGUGGAACUCCUUUAUGCAGUCAGUUGCGCCAGAUGUCAAGGAACAACUUGGAAAGGGGGCGGGAAUCGGGCAGGUUUCCAAAGUGGUUGGCAAUAUGUGGAAGAAAUUGCCGACAGACAGACGAAAGGACUGGAAAGAUAAAGCACAGAGCUUGAGGGAAGACCUUGAUAUGGGAAUAGCAGAGAUAAAAAAAUGUCCAACCUGCAGCACCCAGUUCACAAGGGAGAAGGACUUCAAAUACCACCAGAAAGGUUGUCAUGAGUGCAUUUGCGAGGAAUGCAAUGAAUCGUUUGACCAUGAGCAAAAGCUAAAGAGGCAUAAAGACAAGAAACAUAAAGACAGCAACAAGUGUGAUCAUUGUCAAAAGACUUUUGCAGAGAAACGAAAUCUUAUAAGACACCAAAAGUCACAUGUUUAAUUAACCUAUCCUGCAUUUAGUGAUUUUAACUGGAGAUGAUUUGAAAGGACUAUUGGAUCAAUCUAUAAUACAUAAUUGUUUUUGUUUUUAAAUUAUUAUUAUCGAUUUUUGAAAUUAAUUGUGGUCAUUGCAGCACAUGUACAUCAUGUUACUGUUCAAACCAAAUUUUAAAUCAUUACAAUGUUGUGUUAGACUUUAACAAGA